UCCACAGAUAAUUUAUCAAAAUUAAUAGCUGAUGAAACAAUCGAUUACGAACGUUUAAAAAAUAGUUUAAGGGUUACACGCAUCCGUACUCGCAGCAAUAAAAAAAAAAUGAAAAAAUUAAGCUGGCCCAAGACAACUUAAUCUCCGAGGUACUUCCAAUCGGUCAAUUUUUAAACAUGUUCAAUAAAGAGUAUGAACAACAGCAACAUGUUGACGAUUUGUUGUCAAGAGAUUGUGAUCAAAGUGGUGCAUAUAUUGAAACUCCCACAGACGAAACAUUCAGUAUAGAUAAUGGAUUACUCGACAUCACGCAUAAUGAUGGUGAUGUUUCUUCUACAAACAGUCAUGAUUUGAAUGAUAUGUGCACAAAAGCAUUAGAAGAUUUGCACAUAAAUGUGGACAAUAUAGCAGAAAAUGCCAGUGUUUAUACGCACAGUAUUUCAGAUGCCAGUAAUAAUACUGAACAGAAUUUAAUAGAAGAUGAAGAAUCUGGAGAAAGAAUUUGCUGCUACAAACCAUGCAUUUCGAUAAUAAAACUACCAUGCGGUCAUAUUUAUAUUUGUACGAAAAAUAAAUAAAUCAUGUCUAACAUACUCUAAUUUGAAAUAAAAUAUUUAAUAUUUCUUUUACCUUAAACAUAUUUCCCAAUCUAACUUGCGAGAUCGUAAGUGCACUUUAUUUAAUAUUUUUGCCAUUUGUCCAAGUAUUUAAAUAAAAACAGUAUAUCGUAAUCGACACUUUAUUUCGUACAAGCACGUACGAGACACGUAUAAGACAGUCCAAGCAAGACUCCCUGUGUGUUAAUCGACGUCUUCGAUUAAAAAAUUAAAAAGUAUUAGCGAUUUCCAGUAAAAUAAAGCGUUGAUCGUGAAAAUAUGUAGAAAAAAAGUGAAAUUAUUGAUUUUUUCGAUUUUUAUUGUUUCAUUGCGUCAUCUAAUUAACAAUCGAUUUUUCUCUAUAACCGUCUUCUCUCGGUCUAAGAUUGAAAAGUUUCUGCGAUGUUCAAUACAAUGAGACGUCGAUUCUAAAUAAAUAUGAUUUGGUAUUUAGUAGAUUUGGAUCUGAAUUUAAUUUGUAUGUCGUUUUUCAUGCAAUUGUUGUGAGUGGGAAUUAAUGUGUUUCGUGACAGUUAUAUGCUGUAAAUAUAAUACAUUCAAUAAUCAUUGCUUUUCAAAUGCUACGUAUGGUGGUAUUGUAUUCUGAUACAUAUAGUUAAAUAUAGUUUGGAAUCUAUUUAAAGUGGAUCUGAUAUAAUGUGGUAUGUGCAGGUAUGAGGUUUUCUACGCGUUUCGUGUGAGUGAGAUUGUAACGUGGUUUUACAGAAGCGAAUAAGUGAUGAAAAAUCUUCCGUGCUUUGGUGGAAACAAAUAUUUAUAAAUCGUGUUUGUGUGUGCAUCUUAUAGAACAAAUUUAGGUAAAUCUUUAUUUUGUUGAAAUAGGAACCAUCUGUAUACAUCAUU